UAACUUGGAAAAGUAUGCAGAAAUAGUGAAACCUAUAGGGGUACUGAGGCUCUUGGGAGGCCUGAUGGAAAGGAGGCCAAACAGGAAGGGCUGCUUGACAUUGGUGCAUGUGAUGUCUGUUUCCAGUGUUUGAAAGCAACUGUGUGAGGAUUUAACGCUAUGAACUUCUGCAGCCAUCUUCAAAUCAUGAAAGGAAGGGCAAGGGAACUAUAGACAGUACUCAUGACUGAUCUUGCUGACCCUCUCCUUCAGUGACAACUGUCAAUCCAUAGACCUGUUCUUAUACGUGAACAAUAAUCCUUCUUGAUUAAACACUCUCAGUCAUGUAGUCUAUUACCUGCAACUGAAAGCAUUCUUAACUGAUAACACUUUAAAGCAGAAGGUACCAAUGUAAAUCUCCAGGUGUUGCUAAUUAAGAUCAAGGGGCUAUAGAUACCUUCCUUUAGAAUAUCUUAUUUCUAAUAAGGUUAUUGGAAAUAAAUGUUACUUAACAAAAUUAAGUCCAGGACCAGGUGAUGAAGAAAUUUAUUUGCAAGAUCUAAAUUUAACUUUAUUUAUUCAUCUGUUGAUGGGCACUUAAGUUGAUUCCAUAUCUUGGCAACUGGGAAUAAUGCUGCAAUGAACAUGGAGGUACAAAUAUCUCUCUAACAUACAGACUUCAUUUCCUUUAGAUAUAUACCCAGUAGUGGGAUUGCUGGAAAAUGUGGUAUUAUACACAGUGAAAUACUAUUGUUUUUAAAAUGAAGGAAAUCCUGUUAUUUGUGACAACAUCGAUGAGUUUGGAGGAUAUUACGUUAAGUGAAAUAAGCGAGAAACAGAGAGAUAAACACUGCAUGUUCCCACUAAUGCGGAAUCUAAAAAAGUCGAAUUCAUAGACGCAAAGAGCAGAAUGAUGAUUACAAGGCUCUGGGGGAUUUGAGGAGUAAUUGGAGGAGACGAUGGUCAAAAGAUACACAAUUUUAGUUAGGCAGGAAGAAUAAGUUCAGGAGAUCUAUUGUACAACAUGGUGCUGUUAGUUAAUAACAAUAUAUUGUACAUGUGAAAACUGCUAAGAGAGUAGAUUUUAAGUGUUCUUACCACAAAUAAAUAUGUAAGGUGAUGCAUAUAUUAGUUUAAUUUAACCAUUUCACAUACAUAUUUCAAAACAUCAUGUUGUAUUUCAUAAAUAUAUACAAUUUUCAAUUGUUAAUUAAAAAAUGAAAAAUAAUGAAAAAUUUGAAAAUAAAUUUAACUUUCAGAACUAUUAGUGCAUUUAAAAGACAAUUAGAUUUCAAGCAUAUCAAGAAAUAAAAGACCUAAAUGAAUAUCAAAAAAAUCACUUAGUUUUAGCUGAUGUUUUCAAAUAGCUAGGUUUAACAUGCCAUUGUACAGAUGAGUUUACUGAAGACGCAGAAGCUAAGUAUCAUCCUCAAGUUUACACAAGAUGAUAUAGUUAAUAUAAAAAGCAUAAAAUUUGGAACUAGAUAUUCCUGGACUAGAUUCCAGAAUUUACCAUUUUCUAGUUUUGACCUUGGCAAGUUACUUAUUCUUCUGAGCCUCAAUUUUCUUAUCAAAAAACAAAACAAAACAAAACAAAAGAACAUUUUUAAGGUUUUUUUUUUUUUUGGAGUGAGACAAUAUGCAAAAGUCCUUAAUUUCAAAACUUAGUUCGAAGCGCACAGUAAUUAAAACAGUGUGAUACUGGCAUAGAAACAGACAUGUAGACCAAUGCAAUAGAAUGGAGAGCCCAGAAAUAAACCUUCAUUUAUGUGGUCAAAUGUCAGCAAAUCUGUCAAGACCAUUCAAUGGGGAAAGUACAGCCUUUCAACAAAUGGUGUUGGACAAAUGGAAUAUACACAUGCAAAACAAUAAAGUUGGACCCUUACAUUACAGCAUAUACAAAAAGUAAUUCAAAAUUGACAAAGUCCCAAAGAGAUAAAAGUAUAAGUUAUUAGAAGAAAACAUUGGGAAAAAUCAUCCUGACACUGGAUUUGGCAAUGAUUUAUUUGACACCAAAAGCACAGGUAACAAAAACAAAAGUAGAUAAUUUAGAGUUUAUCAAAUUAAAAAGAAAAAAAACUUCUGUGCAUCAAAGGACACUAUUAGCAGAGUAAAAAAGUAACUCAUUGAAUGGGAGAAAUUAUUUGCAAAUCACAUAUCUGAGAAGAGAUAUCCAGAAUAUGUAAGGAACACCUACAAUUCAACAAUAACAAAACCAAAAACUAAAGGAAACAAAUUUUUUUUUUUUUUGAGAUGGAGUCUCGUUCUGGCACCCAGGCUGGAACCAAAUUUUAAAAAUGAGCAAAGGGCUGGUAUAAACAUUAAUCCGAAGAAAGUACAUAAAUGGCUAAUAAACAAAUAAAAAGAUGCCCAUCAUCACUAAUCACUAGGCAAAUGCAAAUCAAAACCAUGAGAUACCAUUUCACAUUCAGGGUAGCCACUAUUUAAAAAAAAACAUGAACAAACAAAAAACAGAAAAUAACAAGGGCCGGCAAGGAUGCAAAGAAAUUGGAACCUUUGUGUACUGUAGGUGAGAAUGUAAAUGACGCAGUCAGUGAGAAAAACAAUAUGGUGUUUCCUCUUUAACAUGGAAUUAACAAAAAAUCAAACAAUCCCCUUCUGGAUAUAUACCCAAAAGAAUUGAAAGCAGGGACUCAAACAGAUAUAUGUACAUCUAUGUUCAUAGCAGUCUUAUUCACAAUAGUCAAAAGGUAGAACUAAUCCAAGUGUUUAUCAACAAACAAGUGGAUAAGCAAAAUGUGAUAUAUACACAAAAAGGAAUAUUAUUUAGUCUUAAAAAUGAAGGAAACUGUGGCACAUGCUAUUGCAUGGAUGCACCUUGAAGAGAUUAUGCAAGUGAGGUAAGUCAGCCACCAGAUGGCAAAUAUUGAUUCCACUUACAGAAAGCAUGUAGAGUAGUCAAAUUUAGAGAGACAGAAAGUAGAAAUGCUGUUUCCAGGGGCUGAGGGGCAGGGGAAAUGGGGAGUUAGUGUUUAAUGGGUAUGGGGUUUGAGUUAGGAAAGAUGAAAUGGUUCUGGAGAUUCAUGGUGGUGACAGUUGCCCAACAAUGUAGAGGUACUUAAUGUUACUGAACUGUUUACUUAAAAAUGGUUAAAGUGGUACAUUUUAGAUUUAUGCACUUUGCAUAUCUUGCCAUUUAAAAAUGUGUUUAUCUCUAUAUCUUGUCAUGUAGGGAAUCAAACGUUUUGUUAAUUGUUGAAAGAGAAAAUAGGAAUUGGAGAUGGGAAGAAAUAUGAGAUGGACCCUUGACCUACCACUUCUAAGAGGAAGAUGUUACUUUUAACCUGAAGAAUAAUAUUUUCUCCAGGUUUGCCUGUAGUUGUUUUCAAUGCAUUUUCACUGCAGGUUUUAGGACUAUCAUUGCCACCUUUGAAAUCUGUUUACACAGAUCGUGGGAUUUUACUUUGUAAUAAUCUCCCAUGAGAACUGGCCAAACAGCUGUGAAGGCAAGAGAGAGCUACAAGAGGCAAUCAUAUUUUUCAAAGCAGGGCAACAAGAGAGUGAAGCUGGUCAAAAUGAAUCUUUUCUGCAUUUCGCUGGAGGGCUCUAUGGAUAGCUUAUAUGAGCCAAUCCCAGAGCAACAAGCUAACCAAGAAAACAUGUCUAGUAGAACUGAUUCUCCUAUCCCACCCUUUGGAGAGAAUGAACAAACACCAAACAAUCUCUUCGUGGGAGUUUCUAAUUUGGGGAAUGCAAAACCAAAAAAGAGAAAGUUAUUCCGGAGAUUUAUGUCUGAAAAUAAAAUAUUUGAAGGAAAAACUGUGAAUGACAAAAUCUGGCAGGACCACAGCAAGCAUAAGAAUGAUUCCCACAUCAGAAGGCCCUGUCAGCUAAAAGAUCUAAAUGAAGAUGAUUUUCUAAGUAACAACAUACAUACCUAUCAAGGAAAAACUCUACAAGGAACUUCCUAUCAGGUGACCUCUGAAUGUUGGAGUCCAUUUCACUAUCAAAGACAUGUUGAGACCACUGUUGAUGAACUGGCCAUAAAAUCGGGCAGUGACCCUGUGGAAUCAAUGGGGACAUUAAAGCGACUACAGAAACUGGUUUGGACUAAGAAAGCCAGAGUGCAGAAUCUGGAUGAGGUGAAACCGACAUUAAUAAACCUCCAAGAUGAAGAUGACACGUUGAUUUCUUGUUUGAAAUUAACCAAGUCCCGAGAAAAGAAAGUGAAUAGUGUUAGCACGAGGAGGAAGGAAGAAAUGGAGAUUAGAUUGGAUACUCUUUCUGCAUCACUGGGUAGAUCCAGCACUUUAAAUGACUGCAACUUGGAAGAUAAAUUAGCUUGGUAUGAAGGUGAAGCUUACAUGUGGCAUCACUGGAAGCCUUUUCCUGAAAACCCUCUCUGGACAUGUCUUGAUUUCCAAAUAGCACAAGCUGGACCCUGGGACCACUGCUCCUCUUGUAUUCGCCACACACGUCUCAAGUCUUCCUGCUCAGAUAUGGAUCUCCUACAUUCAUGGCGAAGCAGCAGUUUUGGGAAUUUCGAUCGUUUUCGGAAUAAUUCUUUAUCAAAACCAGAUGAUUCAACUGAGGCACGUGAAGGAGAUCCCACAAAUGGAAGUGGAGAACAAAGCAAAGCUUCAAAUCAUGGAGGCGGUUUGGGUAAAAAAAUGAGAGCUAUUUCAUGGACAAUGAAGAAAAAAGUGGGAAAAAAGUACAUCAAAGCCCUUUCUGAGGAAAAGUCAUUAUGCCCAGAACUUGGGUGGAAGGAAGUAUUACUUUCAUUUUAACAGAAGAAACUGACACUCAGAAAGAUCAUGCAUCGGCUGGGUGCAGUGGCUCACACCCGUAAUCCGAGCACUUUGGAGGCCGAGGCGGGAAGAUCACCUGAGGUCAGGAGUUCAAGACCAGCCUGGCCAACAUGGUGAAACCCCGUCUCUACUGAAAAUACAAAAAUUAGCUGAGCAUGGUGGUGCACGCCUGUAGUCCUAGCUACUCGGGAGGCUGAGGAAGGAGAAUCGCUUGAACCCGGGAGGCGGGGGUUGCAGUGAGCCCCGAUUGCACCACUGAACUUCAGCCUGGCAGCAGAGCAAGACGGUGUCUCAAAAAACAAAACAAAACAAAAGAUCAUGCGUCUAGAAUGUGAUGCGAAGAACAAUGUGAAGAACAACAUGUCAUUAAUUUUGUAGCAAGUAUCAGUACUUCAUUCCUUUUUAUUGCCAAAUAAUAUUUCUCCUUUUAUAGAUGGAUCACAUUUAAUUUAUCCAUUUAUCACUUAGUGAUUACUUGGGUUGCUUUCACUUUUUGGCUAUUAUGAAUAAUGCUGCUACAGAUACUUCUUUCAAUUUUUGUGUGGAAAUAUUUUUUCAUUUCUCUUGGAUAUAUAGUAACUCCAUGUCUAAUAGAGAAACUGGCAAAUUGUUUUUUUAAGCAGCUGCGUCAUUUGACAUUCCCAUCAACAAUGUAUGAGGGUUCCAAUUUCUCUACAUCAUUGCCAACACUUGUUAUUGUCUGUCUUUUUAAUACUAGCCAUCCUAGUGGAUGUGAGGUGGAAUCUCAUUGUGAUUUUGAUUUACAUUUGGUUGUACUUUACGUUUCCCUGAUGACUAAUAAUGUCAAGAAUCUUUUCAUGUGCUUUUUAGCCAUUUAUCUAUCUUUGUGGAGAAGUGUUUUUCAAAUCCAUUGUUCGUUUUUAAUUGGGUUGGUUAUCUUCUUAUUGUUGAGUUUUAAAUGUUUUUUAUAUAUUCUGGAUGCAAGUUUUUUAUCAGAUAUAUGACAUGCAAUAUAAUAUAUUUUCUCCAAUUCUGUGGAUUGUAUUUUUAUUUUCUUGAUGGUGUUGUUUGUAGCACAAAUGUUCCUAAUUUUAUUGUAGUCCAAUUAUCUUUUUUUGGUCAUUUGUGCUUUUGGUAACAUAUUUAAGAAACCAUUGUCUAACCUAAUGUAAUGAAGAUUUAUUCCCAUGUUUUCUUCUAAGAGGCCAAUAGUCUCUUAAAUUUUGGUGUAUCAUUUAUUUCAAGAUAAUUUUACUGUACAGUAUAUAGGAAGAGUCCACCUUCAUUCUUUUGCAUGUAGAUAUAUAGGUGUCCUAACACUAUUUGUUGAAAAGACUAUUCUUUUCCUAUUUGAUUGUCUCGGUACUCUUGUUAAAAAUCAAUUGACCAUAAAUGUAUUGCCAUAAAUAUACGGAUCAUAAACAAGUGAGUUUACUUAUGGACUCCCAAUUCUACUUUAUUGAUUUUUAUGUCUUAUGUCCAUUCUCUUUUUCAAUCCACUUCAACAGGGCUCUGUCCCCAGUACUCCAUUAAAAUAGCUGUCGCCGUCAGUAGUGACCUCUGUGUUGCCAGGUCCAAUGGUCACUUUUCUUUCUCCUUACUACUUUUCAACUGUAUUUGACCCAAGUGCUGAUUUCCUUACAUAUAAAACAUCCACUUUUCUGGUUUUUUUUUGACUGGGCAUGCUUCUGGCAUUUCUUCUUCCUCAUAGCUUCCUUUCUUGGCUCUGCUUUCUUUCUCAUCCCUUGAAACAUCUUCCUGAGGCUUGUUCCUGGAUGCUCCACUGAAUCUACAUUCUCCCCUUAAGUCAGCUCAUCUACUCUCAUGAUUUUGUUUUUCACAACUAUAUCUCUAGCUAUGACCUCUUCACUUAUCUGCUAUAUUAAUACAAUCAAUUGCUUAUUUGAUAUCUUCAUUUAGAUGUCCAGUAGACAUCCAAAACCUAAUAUAUCCAAAGCUAAUAUAUUUAUUCUCUACACUUUUACAAAAAAAAUGGUUUUCUCAUCCAGUAUUCCCAGUGGCAGCAGACAACACUGAUCCCCAAAAUAAAUAAAAACAAAAAUAUAAAAAAGAGGAAGAAAAGAAAAUCUAAGAAUCACCCUAAAUUCCUUCUUUUUCUCACUUUUCACACUAAUUCAUCAGUAAAUUCUCUGAAUUGUAUUACCACGUAUAUAUAAACUCCCUAAUUUCUCCAUGUAAACUAUUCCUGCUUUAGACUAAAUAACCAACCUUUCUUUCCUGGAUUACUAUCAUAAUCCCCUAAUUGCUUUCCAUUCGUUUUAUUCUUUCCCCCAUAAAAUUUAUUCUCCAUAUGAAAGCCAGAAAUAUCUCUGACAAGUGGAAAUCAGGUCAUGGUUAAAAUUUCAGUGUCUUCAUAGUGAACCUCUUUACUUGGUGUGUUCAUUCUAGAUCCCAAGGAAAAGAGUAGAAACACCACAGAUUUAUGGCAGGAAAUGCUAGGAAGGCUAAAGAGAAAGCCUUUAGACUGCAACGUAAAUCUGACAUCUGUAAAAGGAUAAGGAAAAGGAAGAAGAAUCAGGUAGAGAGAGUCUCAUACUUCAGCAGAAUACUGAGAAAGCUUUGGUCAGAUUGAUGGAGGAUUCUUAUACUAAAGUUUUCCAUUACAGGAACCCUACAUUCCACUAGAAUGGGCUCAAACAAUACCCCUAUUUUUUCAGUUACUGAAAGGGAGCAUGGCUUUAGUGCAAAUGGAGUGAUGGAUACAGAGGGGCAGUCCUGGGGCUGUCAGUAAAGAAGGGUCCCGCAGCAAGAGAUCUAAGUGGCACAUUUCCAUGGCCACCACACAUGGUCUAUAAAGCUUUUCUUGAUGUGGCUCCAGUCUACUUCCCUGAACUCACACACUAAUAUUCUCCUUUCUCUCACUACAUUAGCCUUGCUGUUUUCCCUGCACAACCCAAGAUAAUUCUGAGUUCAAUUAUUUUGCUGUUGCUGUUCCUUUUGCUUGGAAAACUGUCUCCAAAGCUUCACAUAAGUUACAUCUUCUUAUCCUUUAGGUCAAUAAUUCAGGGCAUAUAUUACUGUAUGGCAGAGGUCUUUGGAGGAUACUCCAUUUAAAUCAGCCAACCCCUAACCCUAACCUCAGCAACAAAUUCUCUCACAUCACCCAGUUUUAUUUCUUUCAUAACACUUAUUAUUCUCUGAAAUUGUCUUAUUGUGUUUAGACACACCUCCCCAAAUACUCUACACACACACACACACACACGGACACACAAACACACACAGCUAACACAAUAGAAUAUCCUUCAUUAUAGCAAGCACCCUGUUAUCUUGUUUACCAUGAAAAUCCCCAGUUCCCAGAACACUGCUCAGUACCUAGGAGGUGUUCUAUAAAAUUGUGUUGAAUGACUGAAUCAAAAAAGAAA